AUGGCGUCACAUCCACCACCACCGCUUGCGCAUCCUUCAUCAGGGCCUGGCGUCGGUUCAGGGCCGGGCGUUGGGUCGGGGCCUGGGAUGGGUAUGGGCGUUGGCGCGGGGCCGGGGUCGAGUAUGGGUAUGGGCGUUGGCUCAGGGCCGGGGUCGAGUAUGGGUAUGGGCGUAGGACAGGGUAUGGGUGUAGGCGCGCCGCAGCCUUCGCCGAUGCAGACGGAUUCACAAGCUGGGUCGGGGCCAGGGACAGGGAAUGGGAGUGGGACAGGUGCAGGGAAUGGGAGCGGGACGGGUGCGGGUGCGGGAAGUGGGAGUGGGAGUGGGACGGGGACGCAGCUUUCUUGGGAGGGGGAUAAGAUGUUCAACAUCUACAUCUGGGACUACUGCUACAAACGCGGGUUCCGCAACACCGCCAAAGAGCUCAUGGCUGAAGCGGAGAUUGUACCUGACCCGACACCGCCGAUUAAUGCGCGGCAGGGGUUGUUGUUUGACAACAACAAUACUGACUAG